UGAGCUCACUAUAAAAUGAGGCUUUCCACUCCUGGCUCUUGUAGCUGCUUCUAGAUUUUCUCCUCCACCCAGGUAUCACACCUAGUAUUGACCAUGUCUAAAACAGGAAGCAGGAUCACCUUCUACGAAGGGAAGAAUUUCCAGGGGCGCCGCUACGAGUGUGAUCGGGACAAUUCAGAUUUCCACAGUGACCUGAGCCGUUGCAAUUCCAUCCGUGUGGAUGGAUAUGCCUGGGUUAUAUAUGAGCGACCAAACUUUGCAGGGAACAUGUAUGUGCUGACCCAUGGGGAUUAUCCUGAAUACCAACGCUGGAUGGGCCUUAAUGACCGCAUCAGUUCAUGCAAAUCCAUUCAGUUACCCAGUGGAGGAAAAUACCAGAUCCAGCUGUUUGAGAAGGGUGAGUUUAGUGGCCAGAUGCACGAAUUCACAGACGACUGCCCUUCUGUCAUGGAUCAGUUUCAUUUCCGGGAAAUCCAUUCCUGCAAAGUCGUGGAGGGAGCCUGGGUUUUCUAUGAACACCCCAACUUCCGUGGCCGGCAGUACCUUCUGGAGAGAGGAGAGUACAGUAAGCCUGUCGAGUGGGGGGCGACAUCCCCAGUGGUCCAGUCCUUCCGACGUAUUGUUGAGUAAUGAACAGCAUGGCACGUGAAACCAAUGUGAAAGCUAGCUUGAUGCAUAAAUAAAGUAUGUGAGGGCUUAAUGCUGUCAGUCAUUAUUUGUAGCAUUUGUGCAUCUGAAUGCAAUUCACUCUUUUCUUCAAGAGAAGUGUCUACUCUCUGAUACCCCUGUGACAAGGACACUGUAGCAAUAAAGACAUGCAGAAUCA